CGCGCCGCCAGUUGGCGCCGCGCGCCGCCGCGGGCCAGCAGGCCGCCACCAGCGGAGCCGCCGCGCUCACACCGGGCCUGCACCUACGCCGGCGCCGCGCGGCGGCCGCGGUGUCUCUGCCGCGGAGGGCGGCGGCGCCAGGCCUCCGGGCGCGGUCCUGGGCGGGCAAGGCGCCACGCGCCGCAGGCAGCUGCCAGCGGCGCCAUCUCAGAGAGGAGGCGGAGCGGAUGAGGAGCAGAGGGGAGAGGAGGGACGAGGAGGAGGAGGAGGGACGAGGAAAACGAACUGGGUGCCCCCAAGAGGGCUGCGGGCCCCGCGCUCGGCCUCUGAGGCGUCCCGGGCGCUGCGGCGCGGCUGGCCCUCCCGCAGCCCCGCGCUUUGGGCGCAGCCCUCCCGCCCCCGCUUAGCGGGGAGAGGAAGUUGGGAAGAGCAAGGGGUCAGAGGGGCGGGGGGUGAAAAGGGACCGUGGG